ACGACACAUCACUAGUGACAUUGAGUAGGGUGGCAGCAGGCUGGAAGACAACGCUUCACUCAACUCAACUACGAUGGCUUGGCACCGCCUCUGAUCAACUUUAACAGCCCGCGAUGUAUUUUUUACAGUUUGUUUUAGUUUUAUUGACGCAAAGAGGGCGUUGCGAGUAGCGCAACGCAGACGUUUUUAUAAUCUAGCGCAGCGUGUUAACAACCCACCGCUGCAGUCAGUCAGUCUCUGCACCAACAACACAGACACCGUGUUGUGGGUCCACCUGGAGGAACACAGUCACCUCCUCUGCUUCAACUGAAACUGCAUCAUCAACCCGGGAACUGACAAAGACAAUCCUCACAGAGCCGACAGGCGACCACCAACAAGAAGCUGCUGAGACUGUUCAUGAGCUACUAGCAGGCUAACGGACCUCAGCUAGUCAGCUAGCUAGCUGAGUUAACUAGCUACGUCAAGAACUUUAUUGGCAAAGCAAAAACUCUGCCGUGUUUUAACCCAGUGGGUUUGGUCAAAGUAGUACUGUAGAUGUAGUCUUUGCUGUCUGAAUAAGUAGUGUAUAAAGCAGAGGCAUAAUGCAGUUUGUAGUGUAAAGUGAGGUAAGAUCUAGCUAGCUUUAAGCCAUGCUAGCGUUCCUCACUGUGACUCACUGGCUGUUGAUGAGCGUCUCGUAUCGCAACCUCGGGUGUUGUCUGUCUGUCGCCUCUUCACUGCUGAUGAUCCGUUUAUGAGAAGACAAAAGACUCUGUGUUGUCUCUCCUGUCACGCCUGGUGGGACACAGAGAAGAUUUGAUUUGACCUGAAGACUACUUGUAUUUCUAUGGUAACCGCAUGAUGGGGUCACUGAAGGCUCUCCAGGAGUGGUGUCGGAUACAGUGUGAAAACUACAACCAUGUGGAAGUCAAGGACAUGUCCACGUCCUUUCGGGACGGGUUGGCGUUUUGUGCCAUCAUACAUCGAUACAGACCAGAGUUGAUAGACUUUGACUCGCUGUCUAAAGAGAAUGUGUACGAGAACAACCGGCUGGCGUUUGAAGUGGCAGAGACAGAGCUGGGGAUCCCAGCCUUGUUGGACCCAGAAGACAUGGUGUCCAUGAAAGUGCCUGACCGUCUCAGCAUCAUCACAUACGUCUCCCAGUACUACAACUUUUUCAACAACAAGUCUCAAGCAAACCCCCCUAGCAUGAAAAGACUGAGUUCUGUCGGUCUUACUGAGCCAGCCCAGAAAAGGCCCCCGACCCCUUUGGAAGACAAAGCGGAGGAGUCUGAGCCGAGCCAGCCCGCGCAGACAGGUGUAGAAGCGGUCGCAGCAGUCAAGCGCAACACGCUCAGCAGCACCUGCGCCGCCUGCCAGAAACAUGUCCACCUGGUGCAGAGGUUUCUGGUGGACGGCAAGCUCUACCAUCGCAACUGUUUCAGGUGCACAGAGUGUCACAGCACUUUGCUUCCUGGAUCCUACAAAUUAAUAGGAAGCGAUACUGGUGCCUUGGUCUGUACACAUCACCUUGCAAGGCAUGCUUUAGCCAAUCAGAACGGCCGGCCAGAUCUUAGUAAGAGACCAGUGGUGGGGCAGUCCGACAGGAUUGGUUGCAGCACAAUUCCUCACACCUCGCCCUCUGAGAGAGAGCAGGCAAAGACUCCUCCUCCAGUAAUCCAAACAAAUGAUACUGACAUGCCUAGCAAUGACUCUGCCACAGUCGCUGUCGUUAUAACAAAUACAGCAGACUCUUUGGAAAAAGCAAAAGAGAUGGAUGGCAGUGGAGAGACAGAGGGGUUACCAUGUUCUUCUCCUCCUCCCAACCCUUUUGAUGAGAGCGAUGAAGAAGAGGAAGAGGUGGAGAAAGAGGAAGAUACUAAAACACCAGCCAAAUUAACGACCAAUGGGGAUCUCCCUUCUACAUCGGCCAAUGGAGAUCUCCCUUCUGCAGCGGCCAAUGGAGAUCUCCCUUCUGCAGCGGCCAAUGGGGAUCUCCCUUCUGCAGCGGCCAAUGGGGAUCUCCCUUCUGCACCGGUCAGUCAUCAUGAAGGUGCCAGUCGGCCAGUACCAGUACCGGCACCACGCCGGGUCUCUGAGCCCACCCCUCCUCCUCGCCCUGCCCCUCGGGUUAGGCUACCCCGUACGGCAGACGCCCUUAAAGUCGGUGAACACCAGAAGCCUCCGAUUCCUCCCAAACCUCGAGAAAGAUCACAGUCUCCUGGAAGCCUGUCCAGUGGCACCCAUAAACCCAAAGACCCACCUUGGCUCGCCCUGGUCCAAUCGGAAUCCAAGAAGAAGAAAGCCCCUGCCCCUCCCCCUGCCGCACUGGCAACCCCUCCCAAUACAGGCUCUCUGUCCUCUCUCAAAGGGGAGGGAUCCAGACCCAGCACGCCCGCUCCGCCCGCCAACCCUUUCGACGACGAUGAUGAUGAUGAAAAUGAAAAUGACGAGGUAGAGGAAGAGGAGGGGAGCAAAGGAAGUGCGAUUCAAACCACAGUUGUGGCUAGUCACCCAUGGUACAGCAUCACUCAGGCAGCUGACGCGACAGGUGCAGAAACUCCCCCUAGUGGAGGAAGCUCGUCCCGCUCCGCCAGCCCCGGGAGCGCCAAGAGCAAGAAACGACGACCGGCACCUCGCGCUCCACAGGCACCUGGAGGUCACCAAGUUUCCUCUCACUCUCAGCCCUCCUCUUGCUCCCCCUCUCCAGCUCUCAGCAUAGAGAGUCUGUCCUCUGGCUCGGACCACAGCUCCUCCCAUCCCCCUCUGGGUGGCAGUGCCGGCAGUGCCAGCAGCGACCAGGAACACGCCUUCACCAAAAGUGUCUCAGAGCCUUCCAUCUGUUCACCGUGCGACUCUAUGGCAUCCCCUUCCUCCUCCUCGACCGACCGUCUGCCUCACCUUUCCUUAAGCCCCUACCCUUCUCCCAUGCCUUCAAAUGCCAGCUCAGCUCCAGCCACCCCACAGACCAGUCGCAGCUCUGGGACCAAAGGGAGCGGAGACCCUCCACCACGACCCCCAACGACCCCCAGCCCAUUGGCCUCAGGAGCCCCCCAAUCACACAAUAAGCGGAUCUGUAAGGAGAACCCGUUCAACAGGAAAGCUUCUCCCUCCCCUGCUAAAUCCAAAACCAAAUCACAGAAAGGCCCUCGUCCUGCCAGACCUCCGGCCCCCGGCCAUGGCUUCCCUCUUAUCAAACGCAAGGUGCAGUCGGACCAGUACAUCCCAGUAGAGGACAUCCACGGGGAGAUGGCUCAGCUAGAGAAGCAGCUGGAUGAACUGGAGCAGACGGGAGUGGAGCUGGAGAAGAAGCUGAGAGACAACCCUAACGAUGAGGAUGAGGAGCGCCUGUUGGUGGACUGGUUCACUCUCAUCCAUGAGAAACACCUUUUAGUACGACGAGAAGCUGAGCUGGUCUACACAGCGAAGCAGCAGAACCUGGAAGAGAGGCAAGCUGACGUGGAGUAUGAGCUGAGGUGUCUUCUCAACAAACCAGAGAAAGACUGGACGGAGGAGGACAAGAGUCGGGAGCAGGAGCUAAUGGCUGAGCUGGUUACCAUCAUUGAACAGCGCAACCAAAUCGUCAACAACAUGGACCAGGACAGGCAGAGGGAAGAAGAGGAGGAUAAACUUAUGGAAGCCAUGCUGAAGAAAAAAGACUUCCAUAAGGAGCCGGACGUUGACCAGCCGAAGAAAAAAGGGGCAAAGUUCAAACCCAUAAAGGUGCUCAAGCGGCUGAGCCAUAAAGGAGACCCAGGCAAGAGCCACAGCCCCCGCAAGGAGAAAAGCCCAUAGAAAGGACGCAUUCUCCUCCAAGAGGAUAUGAGACUGUUUUAACAGGACUAAGGUAAACUUAAAAAAA